AUGGCUGAAGACAAUCAACAACAACAAAUACCACCCAACUAUGUUCAAUUCAUGGAACAAAACCAACACAUGCUCACCAACAUGAUGACUGCCUUCAUUCAGGCACAAAAUCAAGCACCUGCUGUCAAGUUGCCAACACCACCUACAUACAGUGGCACUCGCAAUGCAAGUGAAAUUGAUGCCUGGAUUCGUUUGAUUGACAAACAAAAGCUGCACAACAGCUGGAAUGAAGAACGCACCUACAAUUUUGCCUCUUCUUUGCUAUCUGGACGUGCUGCCACUAUUGUUGCCCAUUAUGAAGAUCCCGACAGUAAUCUUACCACACCUACAACGUGGAUGGAGCUGAAGGACAUUUUGAUUAGCAAUUUCCGUCCCACCAACGAUCAAGAUUUGGCCCGUGAUGUUUUGGUCACCAUUCGCCAAACCAGUUCAAUUCGGGAUUAUGUGGAUCGUUUUAUGGAUGCUGUCAUUCCCAUCAAGGAUAUUAGUGAACGUGAGCAAUGUGAUCGUUUCAUGAGAGGUUUAAAGGACAAGGAAUUGAUUGCCAAAAUUCGCGCCAUGCCUAUUGAAUCACGUACGUUGGAGAAGCUGUUCUCUGAUGCUCUGGCUCAUGAAUUCGCCCACCAUCCGGAGAUCAGUGCUGGUGUUCAGACAAACACUAGAUACAAUAACAACAACGGUGAUGUACAGCCUAUGGACCUAGAUGCCAUCAUGCAUCGUAACAACGACAACAACAGUAACAGCUACAGCAACAACAACAACAGAAACAGAAAUAACAACAGGAGAAACAGCAAUAAUCGCGGCCGUAAUAGGUAUGAUCCCAGCCUCACAUGUUUUCACUGCAAGAAAGUUGGACAUACCACCAAGAAUUGCCUCUCCCGUGCCACUGAAAUUAUGCAUGCAUUUGACAAGUUGGAUCUGGACACUAGACGCAAGCUUUUCAAGAAUGUUGGUGUUUUGAACUGUAUUUUGGAUGUUGAAUACAGAGAAGAGGAUAACCAUGGUUGUGAUUGCAACCAAUGUCAAAGUAGUAAUAAAGCUAGUGGUUCCUCUUACCUGUUGUCCCUGUGUGAUAAAAUUGCGGUUGAGAAAAGAAACGCACAGAUGGAUGAAUUGAAUCAAGUCAUUGCCAUGAUGGAUUCCUCUGUUGCGUCUUCUCCUGCUUUGGUUUCUGUGCCUGUUACUACCCCGGAUAAUGUCUCUGUACCUGUGCCAGACAACAAUCCAGUGGUGAAUUUAAACCCUGUCGUUGCGAACUCAAAUACUCGUCGUCCUGUGGAAUUGUCUCCUAUCAUUCAAGAUUUGGAUACGUCAACCACCAUUGACCUCACCACUGACUCUGUGUACCUGACAAAUUUAUUGAAUGCAGCAAAUACCUCAACUCUACCUUUGUAUGGAGCAACCGUCAGACUCAACCAUUCUCUGGGUGUAGUCAAAGUCAAGUGUCUAAUUGACAAUGGUGCUAGUGAAAACUACAUCUCAGGUAGAAUUGCAAACAUGAUUGAAGGCCAUCGUAGCGUGAUCCAUGGAAGAGAGGUUGAAACUGCAGGUGGCAAUGUAUCUCCUAUUAAUGAAAAGAUUGUCUACGAUUUGAAUUUGCAAGGUCAUACAAGCCCAAUGUCAGCAUUCGUCUUUGAUACAAAGUUCGAUGUCAUUCUUGGUAGAUCCUGGCUCAAGGAACACAAGCCUGUUGCAGAUUGGUUUGAUGAUACGUGGACCUUGUCUUGUUGUGGUCCUGGUAAAACCACUAUCUCACCCACGUCGUCUUCCUGUGUGUCAAGCACACCAACUCAACAACCGCCUGAAUUAAAUUACUUGGUAUCUCAUCUUCAAGCAGAGAAAAUGUUGAAGGAGGAAGGCACAAAUGCAUGUUUCUUGUACAUGAUGGAUCAAGGAGAGAAGGAUGGCGCAAGUACUGGAAUUACUCAAGAGAAUGUGGUAUGGACAGAUCAACUGAUGAAGGAUUUUCCAACGGUUUUUCAAGACAAAUUACCUGGCCUACCACCCAACAGACAAAAUUUCUCACAUGUGAUCAACGUUCCUGAAGGUGUCAAUCCCAUCAACAGACCUCCUUUUCGUAUGAGUCCAGCUGAACUUGAUGAAUUGCAGCGUCAACUGACCGAACUGCAAUCUCUGGGCCUCAUUCGACCAUCGUCGUCACCAUGGGGUGCUCCGGUAUUAUUCGUCAAGAAGAAAAAUGGUGAAAUGCGAAUGUGCAUUGACUACCGCGCUCUGAACAAGGUCACUAUUCGCAACUCUACCCCUUUGCCUCGCAUUGAUGAAUGCCUGGAUCGUUUGCAAGGCGCUUCGUGGUUCACUUGCCUGGAUCUUCGUUCCGGCUACCACCAAAUUAGGCUAAAAGACUCUGAUAUCCCACUUACUGGAUUUAAUACCCGAUAUGGUAAAUGGGAAUGGCUCGUGCUGCCUUUCGGACUUUCAAAUGCUCCACCCAGUUACCAAACUUGGAUGAACGGAGUUUUAAAAGAUUGCAUUGACAGAUUCGCUUUGGUUUACUUGGACGACUGUUGCAUCUUUAGCAAGACAUUAGAAGACCAUAUCAAGCAUGUUCGUCAAGUACUCUCCAUCUUUGAAAAGGAAGGGCUCAUUGUCAACUUGAAGAAAUGUGAAUUCGGUAAGCGUGAGCUAGAAUUUCUGGGUUUCAAGGUCUCCGCGAAUGGUAUUUUACCAUCGUCAUCGAAAGUGAAAGCUAUCCAAGACUGGCCAAGACCUACUAAUGUGCAAGAGGUGCGUCAAUUUGUUGGAUUAGCACAGCAUUAUCGCCGUUUCUGCCCGAACUUCUCUUCUGUGGCUGCUCCUCUUACUGAAUUGACUCAUGGUAAUGGUGCUAAGAAACGUGCUAUUGUCUGGAAUGAUCAAUGUGAAGUUAGUUUCAAAGCUAUCAAACAAAUGCUAACAUCAUCUCCUUUAUUGAAACUACCUGAUAUGAGCAAGCCAUACCGCAUUGAAACCGAUGCAAGUGACUUUGGAGUAGGCGCCGUGCUUUUACAGGAGGAUCCUGAUUCUUCUACUUGGUUGCCAAUUGCGUAUGAAUCCAAGAAAUUAUCUCAAGCUGAACAAAAAUUGCCUGCCCAGGAACGUGAACUAAUUGCUAUCAUCCAUGCUUUGAGAACAUGGCGAUGUUUUGUGGACGGUUGUCAAGGUGGUUAUACUGUGUAUAGUGAUCACAAGCCUCUGAUCUACUUCAAGUCUCAACUGAACCCAACACCUCGUCUUGUUCGUUGGAUUGCAGAUUAUGAGGCAUUCUCGCCAAAUAUUGAGUACAAAGCUGGAAAAGACAACGAAGUGGCGGAUGCUCUCUCAAGAAAACCAGAUUUACUUGUGGAAAAUGGAGAGAAUAUACCUUCGUUGGCACCUGAAUACUUAUAUGCUGCUUGGGAUCAGUUGUCUGAUACUAUCAAGACUGAUUGGCCUAUUCUGUAUGUCGACAAGAACUACGAAAAAAUGAAAUCAGAUGCAUUGCGAAAACGCAUGGAAAAGGAGGAGGAUCAGUUUGUGGUACGCCAAAGAACAGUGUAUCGACUAGUCAAGAUGGAGGAUGGAAGCAUAAAGCAAGUCAAAUUUAUUCCGUUCUCGGAUCGUGCUGAUUUGGUUUUCAAGUAUCAUGAAGCUUUUGGCCAUGCUGGUAUCAAGACUAUGCUAAAAAUGUUCACUGAAAGGUACUGGUGGCCAGGUUUGCGAAAGGAUAUUCAAGACUGGCUGAAAACUUGUACUGCUUGUCAGCUGAAUAGUCGCCGUGAUCAGGUUCAUCAAGAUGUCAUGCAUCCUCUGCAAAUACCUCAAGCUUUUGAUCGUUGGCAUUUGGAUUUUGUGGGUGAAUUGCCUACAACUGGAAACGGAAACAAAUGGUUGUUGACGGCUGUGGAUUACCUCACAAACUGGCCUAUUGCAAGAUCAGUACCAGUAGCAUCUAUGGAAGCGGUAGCGGAUUUUAUCUAUGAGGAGAUUGUCAUGCGAUUUGGUUGUCCCUCUGAAAUUGUGACGGAUCGAGGUGCCAAUUUUACUAGUGGUCUUGUAACAGCUUACACCAAACGUGUUGGAAUAAAUCACAAGCUCACCUCGGCAUUUCACCCGCGCACCAACUCCAAGGUAGAGCGAUACAAUGGCGUGAUCAAGCAAAUGCUUCGUAAGUAUGUCAAUGGUGCUAUUCAUCGCUGGGAUGACUUUGUGAAUGCGGCUUUGUGGGCAAGUCGAAUUCGAGUGCACUCAACAACAGGCUUUUCCCCUUAUUACUUCGUGUAUGGACGUGAACCUAGACUGCCUGGAGAUGUUUUGAGACCCUAUAUCACCAAGGAAAUGCUGUUGGACAAACGAACGGUAGCUGACCUAACCUCGCGUGAACUAGAACUACUUGGUCAACAUCGUGCUGCUGCUGAAUUUCGUUUGAAAGCCAUGAGCGAAGCGGACAAGAAGCGUUGGGAUGCCAAGAUUAAACCCACGCACUUCGAAAUGGGUGAUAUGGUUAUACUGACUCAUGAAGGCAAAUUUGGCCUAGAACCUCGCUACAAAGGACCCUACAUUGUGACAAAGGUGUUCCCUGAUUUUGGUACUUAUCAACUGGAAACUAUUGCUGGUGAACCAUUACAAUAUCGUCGUGCUGUUCGUGAAGCCGAUUCUCUUCGUAUGGCCUCAAAUACUAGUUCCACUGACCCCAAUGGUACCACUGCUACUUCCUCUUCACCAUCACCUUCGAUUUUCUCAUCAAACCCAAGUCUAAAUCAACCUCAAGAUGAUUUUAUCGACAUGCCAAUUUCUGAUCAGAGCACGCCAAACAACAGCUCCACUACACAACCUACUACCACUAAUAAACCGCCAACUCACUCUCAAUAUCAUCACAUACUUACACAACAAAUAUCAGAUGAGGAUAGCUCUCUACAUGGGAGUAGUGUGAUGGAUGAAACAGAGGACAACGAACGUGGAUUGGGUCAAAUCAUGGAUGGAUACGACUUUUUGUCAUCUACUGAUAGCGAUAUUGAAGACACAGAUCAACCACCAACACUAUCCCCACCACAUACCAUGUCUCCACCACCAUCUCCUUCUACAGAAUCGUCUUAUUUGUCAUCUCAGUCUACAGUAUCGAAUAUAAGUAGUGGUGAUGCAGCAAUAAUCAAUGAAACAGUCAGUGUUGAUACAGAUCUUGAACUGGAUGAGCGUGUAUCAGAGCCAGAAAACACAGAAAUGGUGCCAGGUCUUCGAAAUGAACCUCAUGUUGUUUCUCCUGCCAGCCCACCUUCCGUUAUUCAAGCUACUCCAGAACCUGAUUCCACUACUACUGUGAAUUUUUCCCUCCUGCUGCUACAAACCAAACUCCCAUUGCUCUUACUUCUCGUCCUGGGCCACCAAAAAGUACUUUUGUCUUCAAAACUCCUGCCAUUCCAAAGAUCCACACGCAAAAUGAGACCACCCAACCUGCAAAAAUCGUCGAUCUCUCUUCUCAUAUGCCAAACACUGCCACUGGUUCAUCAAGUUCAAGUGAUGUUCAGGGUCGAACAUUUGUCUCGAAGGGGGGUGAUGUCAGGGUUGAAGGGUAUUCUGACAGUGAUUUAG